AUGGACUCUGAUAUCAUGGAUGACUCCGUCUUUGAUGACGACGUCGAGAAUGACUCAGAUGCCUUCUCACCCGAGCCUUUCGCGUCACAAUUCAGUCACUCACCACGCCCACCUCCCCACAACACCAGCACCAGAACUGAUUUUAUCCCGCCGCAGAAACCCAAGGCCAAAGCUAAGCCUGCCGUAAAGAAGGCAGCAGUCAAGGCCGCCCCCAAAAAGAUGGUUCAGACAACCCUGAAAACCGCCAAAGCCGUGCCCAAGAAGCGCGCAAAGCCCGCAAGCGACGACGAGGGCGACGACGAUGACGCCAACUCAGACUUCUCCCACACCCCGCCCAACGCCAAGAAGCAGAAGAAGGCCCCCGCGGCCAAGAAAUCUGCAGGCAAGCCGCUGGAGGAGAUCGAGAACGACAGCAUGAUGCUGGAUGGACCUGCGGACGACAAGUCUGCAUCUGCAAAGGACAAGACGGCGACUGAGAAAUACCAGAAGCUGACCCAGCUGGAGCACAUUAUCAAGCGACCUGACACAUACAUCGGUUCCGUAGAGCGUACCUCGCAACCAAUGUGGACCUUCAAUAAGGAGACCAAGCAAAUGGAGCACCGCGAUGUCAGCUAUGUGCCCGGUCUUUACAAGAUCUUUGACGAGAUCCUCGUCAACGCUGCCGACAACAAGCAAACAGACCCGAACAUGACCUUCAUAAAGGUUACCGUGGACCGCGAGGCCGGCCUAAUCACAGUCGAGAACAACGGCAAAGGUAUCCCCGUGGAGAUGCAUGAGAAGGAGGGAGUGCUUAUUCCGGAGCUGGUUUUUGGCCAUCUUCUUGCCGGAUCAAACUUUGACGACAAUGAGAAGAGGACCGUCGGUGGUCGAAACGGUUACGGAGCGAAGCUCUGCAACGUCUUCAGUACAGAGUUCACCUUGGAAUGUCAGGAUCAAAAGAACGGCAAGAGAUAUAAGCAGACCUGGCGCGACAACAUGAGCAAGAUGGAAAAGGCCAAAGUCACAUCCAACAAAUCCGCCGACUUUGUUAGGGUUACGUUCAAGCCCGACUUUGUCCGCUUUGGAAUGCCGGACGGUAUCGAUGAUGACCUCGAAAGCAUCAUCUAUCGCAGAGUUUACGACAUGGCGGGCACUGUUCGCAAGGUCAAGGUCUACCUCAACGAUACUUGGCUCAAGUUGGACUUUGCCAAGUACUGUGAGAUGUAUGCCAAGGCCAUCGCAGCCGAGCGCGAAGCCGAGGAGGGUGCCGAGCCUAAUAAGUCAUCUGUCAUCCUUGAGGAUUCCACUGGCCACCCGCGAUGGGAGAUUGCGUUCGCCGUGUCAGACGGCUCCUUCCGCCAGGUCUCGUUUGUCAACUCCAUCGCUACCACUCAGGGUGGUACGCAUAUCAGCUUCAUCGCCGACAAGAUCAGUAAUGCUCUACUCGCACACUUGAACAAGAAAAAGAAGGGCCAUACCUUGAAAGCCAACCAUGUCAGGAACCACAUCUUUAUCUUCGUCAACUGUCUGAUCAACAACCCGGCCUUCUCGUCUCAGACCAAGGAGCAGAUGACUACUAAAGCAAGCCAGUUUGGUAGCAAAUGCGAUUUGAGUGACAAGUUCUUGAAAGCGAUCGCCAAGACAGAUGCCAUCCAAAACAUUAUUGAUUUUGCCGAGCGCAAGGCUGAUAAGCUGAUGGCAAAGAGCGAUGGCAACAAGCGCUCAAGAAUCAGCAACGCCAAACUUGUCGACGCCAACUUGGCUGGCACCAAGCAUGGCCACGAAUGCACCCUGAUCUUGACAGAAGGUGACUCGGCCAAGAGUUUGGCUGUCGCCGGCCGUGCUAUCUUGGACCCUGACCGUAUUGGUGUCUUCCCCUUGCGAGGCAAAAUGCUCAACGUUCGUGACGCGUCGAUCGACCAGAUUUCAAAGAAUUCCGAGAUUCAGAACAUCAAACAGUUCCUCGGCUUGAAACACAAACAGCACUACACGGAUACUAAAGGUCUCCGAUACGGGCACUUGAUGAUUAUGGCCGAUCAGGAUCAUGAUGGUAGUCAUAUCAAGGGGUUAUUGAUCAACUUCUUGCAAGUUCAAUAUCCCUCUCUGCUCAAGAUUCCUGAAUUUUUUAGAGAGUUUAUCACUCCUAUCGUCAAGGUUUGGCAGGGCCCUAACCCCAAGAAGCCCCAAAAGCUGUUGUCUUUCUUCACCCAGCCUCAGUACGAGGAGUGGAAAGCAGGCCAAACCGAGCUUAAGAAAUGGCACUACAAGUACUUCAAGGGUUUGGGUACCAGCUCCAACGAGGAUGCCCAAGUCUACUUCACCAACCUCGACGACCACUUGAAGGAGUUCAAUGUCAUGCAGCCCGACGAGGCUGAGCUUUUCGAGCUUGCUUUCUCCAAGAAGAAGGCCGACGCUCGAAAGGAAUGGCUCGGAAACUUUGUACCUGGCACAUUCCUUGACCACUCGACCAAAUCAAUCACGUACAACGACUUUGUCAAUAGGGAGUUGAUUCUUUUCAGUAUGGCAGACAACAUGCGUUCCAUCCCCUCGAUGCUUGACGGCCUCAAGCCUGGACAACGCAAAGUCCUUUUCGCUUGCUUGAAGCGAAACAUUACCAAGGACAAGAAAGUUGCGGAAUUGGCAGGUUAUGUGUCCGAGCAGACUGCAUAUCACCACGGCGAAGUGUCAUUGCAAAUGACCAUUGUCAACUUGGCACAAAACUUUGUGGGGUCCAACAAUGUCAAUAUCCUUGAGCCCAGUGGUAACUUCGGUUCUCGCCUCGCCGGUGGGUCCGAUGCUGCCAGUGCUCGUUAUAUUUACACAAGACUCUCCCCCUUCGCCCGCAAGAUAUUCUCGCCUCUUGAUGAGCCCAACUUAGAGGAUCUCGUAGAAGACGGAAAGAGGAUCGAGCCGAAAGUCUACGCCCCCAUCCUUCCGAUGGUCCUUGUCAAUGGUGCAGAUGGUAUUGGCACUGGAUGGAGUACAAACAUCCCCAACUAUGAUCCUUUGGUAAUCAUUGAGAACAUCAAGCGACGCAUGGGGCGCCUUGAUGGUGAAGAGGAGAAGCCUUUCGAGCCGAUGAGCCCUUGGUUCCGAGGCUGGAAAGGCGAGCCAGAACCAGCCGGUCCCAAUCGCUACGCGUUCAACGGUCUUUGCUAUGUCGACGAGAAGAAACCUGAAGUCGUUAUUACCGAGCUUCCCGUUCGCCAGUGGACGGAUGAUUUCAAGGCCAAGUUAGAAGAGGUCAUCAAAGGAGAAAAGGGGCCGUCUUGGAUCAAAGACUACAAGGAGUUCAACGACCACAAGAAUGUGCACUUUGAGAUUCAAGUGGAUGAAAAGGUCGCCGCUGAACUUCGAACUAGCAAAGAAAAGCUUCUUGAAAAGUUCAAGCUCACGAAGCAGAUUCCUACUUCCAACCUGGUAGCAUUCAACACCCGCGGAAUGAUCCAGAAGUAUGAGAACGUGGAAGAGAUUCUCGAAGAGUUCUAUGUCUACCGUUUGAAAAAGUACAAGGAACGCAAGGCCCAUUGGCUUGGCGUUUUGGAAUCUGAGCAUCGCAAGUUAAGCAACCAAGCUCGGUUCAUCAAGGCAAUCAUGGACAGCGAGCUUGUGGUCAACCGCAAGAAGAAGCAGGUGGUCGUAGAGGAGCUUCGCCAGAAAAAAUACGACCCGUUCCCAAAACAUUCCGAUACCAAGAAGGCCAAGUCUGAUGAAGAUGAGGUCGACGCCGAAGGAGAGGAAGAGGUUGAGACCGAGAGCGAUGCUGGCACUCGAGACUACGAUUACCUUCUCUCGAUGCCAAUCUGGUCUUUCACCCAGGAACGUCUUGACAGACUCAAGGACCAGCUCAUCAAGAAGAAGGCUGAACACGACGAGCUUGAGGCCAAGAGCGAGAAAGAUCUGUGGUGUACUGAUCUCGACGAGUUCGAAGCGGAAUGGCACAACCAGUUGCGCCUCGACGCUGAGAUCACCACGUCUAUCCGCCGCAUGGGUCGUCGUGUAUCGAAGAAGAUUGGCGCCGGACGUGGCCGCAAGGCCAAGGAUGACGAUGACUAUGCACCUGCUGCCAAGACCAAGGCUGCCUCAAAGAAGGUGAUCAAGCCUACGGUCGUAGAGCAAAAGACCCACCAGCGUUUUGCAGACAAGUUCACCAACAGGCCCAAGAAGAGCACUGACGGUGCUGAUGAUGAGUCUGAUGCCUUCUCCGACGACGACUAUGCUGCGCUCAAGAGCAAACCAGCCAAGAAGGCCCCAGCUCCCGAGCCAUCGCCCAAAGCUGAGUCUGAUCUGGAGGAAGAUGAAGUUGUAGCUCCGGCACCUACUCGUGGGAAGCGCGCUGCGGCGGCCAAGGCCAAGACGUUCAUAAUUGAUGACGAUGAUGACUUUGCGAGCUCAGACGAUGACGAUAACAUGCUCGGCGACGUUGGCGCCCUUGUCAAGGGCAUUCCCGGCACCACUGGCGACUCGGGUGACAACAAGCCUGGCCGACUUAGUCUGUUUGCCAUGUCCCGGCCCGACAGCAGCCACGGUGGGUCUGCGGCAGUGAAGUCCAAAUCCAAGCCCAACAAGACUUUUGAGUUCGAUUCUCACGACGACACAAACUAUGAGAUGCUGGCUAGGCCAAGCCCGCACAAGUCGCCGUUCACUCGGAACGAGGUGGAUGAUUUCUUGAGCGAUGAUGACCUUCUGCCGACGAAGCCGGCUGUCAAGGCUGUGGCAUCCAAGACGAAGAAAUCAGCCUCUCCAGUUGAGGAUUCUAACCCUCCUGCCGCCGCCCCAGCCAAGAAGGCCCGUGGUCGUCCGGCCGGCAGCAAGUCCAAGGCCAAGGAGGCCGAACCAGCAGCCAAGAAGAAAACUGCGGCGCCUGCCAAACCUGUCCAGCUGUCGCCCGCGGCCAAGCUUUACGCCAAGAAGAAGGGCGUCGAGAAAGCCAAGUCCAAGAAGGACCCCUUCGACAUGGAUGACGACGAUGAAGACGAGGAGAUGGCAGAACCUGACUCCCCUCCGCCGAAGCCUGUGGCGCGAAGCCGUGCCGGCCGUGCCGCCGCGACGAAGAAGAAGCCGGUUUAUGUCGUUGAUGACGACGAGGAUGAGAGUAUGGAGGAUGAGGUGGCCGAUGAGGCCCAGGGCAAUGAGAGCGAUGAUUUUGCUAUGGAUGACUCGGACUAG